AAAAACCGGAUUUGAUAAUCGCCGAUAGGUCCGGGACCUUUUGUAAUUAGAAGGUAGUUGUUGGUGUGUUGUUUUUUCCUUCUUGAAACAAGCAAAACGCGUUUGAAACCCUAGUUCAUCCCCAAUCUCUAUCUUUUUUACUGAAUUUUAUCAUCAAAAUACUUGUGUGGUAGGUUUAUUUUUCAAUAGAUCGAUCGCUGUUCCGUGACUGUACAAGCUGGUGUGCUUGCUUUGCUUAUCUACUAAUCCGCGGUCUAAUUUUGGUUUUUUGGACGUUGAAAGAUGGAUUUAGUUGCUAGUUGCAAGGAUAAAUUGGCAUUUUUUCGAAUUAAAGAGCUCAAGGAUGUCCUGACUCAGUUAGGUCUUUCAAAGCAGGGGAAGAAGCAGGACCUUGUUGACCGGAUAUUAGCCAUUCUCUCUGACGAACAAGUUUCCAAGUUAUGGGCAAAGAAGAGUGCCAUUGGAAAGGAAGAGGUGGCAAAGCUAGUGGAUGACACUUACAGGAAAAUGCAAGUGUCCGGGGCCACUGAUUUAGCAUCACGGGGACAGGUUGCUUCUGAUUGCAGUAAUUCAAAGUUUAAUGGUGAAAUGGAUGAUCCAUCUCACUCAGAUACAAAAGUUCGCUGUCCAUGUGGAAGCUCAUUGGAGACAGAGUCAAUGAUUAAGUGUGAAGAUUUUAAAUGUCACGUUUGGCAACACAUUGGUUGCGUUAUAAUUCCAGAAAAACCCAUGGAGGGCAUCCCACAAGUUCCUGAUGUGUUCUAUUGUGAGAUUUGUCGACUAAGCAGGGCUGACCCCUUUUGGGUUACAGUUGCACAUCCUCUAAGUCCUGUGAAGCUGGUUGCUACAAAUGUUCCAGCUGAUGGUUCAAGGCCAGUGCAGGGUGUGGAGAAGACAUUUCAGCUCACUAGGGCAGACAAGGAUCUGUUGGCAAAACAAGAAUAUGAUGUUCAGGCCUGGUGUAUGCUUUUGAAUGACAAAGUUCCCUUUAGGAUGCAAUGGCCGCAGGAUACAGAUCUCCAGGUUAAUGGCUUGGCUGUUCGUGCUAUUAAUAGACCUGGCUCGCAAUUGCUAGGUGCUAAUGGUCGUGAUGAUGGUCCAAUUGUCACACCAUUUGUAAAAGAUGGAAUCAAUAAGAUUUUGUUAAGCGGAUGUGAUGCUCGAAUCUUCUGCUUAGGAGUUAGAAUUGUAAAACGUCGAACAGUUCAACAGAUACUCAACUUGAUCCCUAAGGACUCAGAAGGUGAGCGUUUUGAAGAUGCACUUGCUCGUGUUUGUCGUUGUGUUGGUGGGGGAACUGCAACAGACAAUGCUGAUAGCGACAGUGACCUGGAAGUUGUUGCAGAUUCUUUUGGUGUCAAUCUUCGUUGUCCUAUGAGUGGUUCAAGAAUGAAGGUCGCAGGAAGAUUCAAACCUUGUGCACACUUGGGCUGUUUUGACCUGGAAGUUUUUGUGGAGCUGAACCAGCGUUCUCGGAAGUGGCAGUGCCCCAUCUGUCUCAAGAACUACUCCCUGGAGAAUAUAAUCAUUGACCCAUAUUUCAAUCGCAUCACAUCUAAGAUGACACAUUGCUCAGAAGAUAUAACAGAGAUUGAGGUGAAGCCUGAUGGUUCCUGGCGUGUGAAAACAAAAACUGAAGCUGAGCGUAGGGAUGUUGGAGGACUUGCACAAUGGCACAAUCCUGAUAGUACUCCCUGUUUCCCUGAUGGUGGAGAAAUCAAACCAAAAGUGGAAAUAGUGAAGCAGAUCAGACAGGAAGGUAUUUCAGAAGGUAAUGCUGGUACUGGUUUGAAACUUGGAAUCAGAAAGAACCGCAAUGGCAUUUGGGAAGUUAGCAAACCUGAAGAUAUGAACACCUUUUCUUCAGGUAGAUUGCAAGAAAACUUUGAACACCAUGAACAGAAAGUUAUUCCUAUGAGCAGCAGUGCCACUGGUAGUGGUCGUGACGGGGAAGAUCAAAGUGUGAAUCAAGAUGCUGGUGGAAAUUAUGAUUUCACAAACAAUGGAAUGGAGCUUGAUUCUUUAUCUUUGAAUGUAUAUACGACAUAUGGAUUCACUGACCAAAAUUUACCUGUACCACUAGGGAAUGCAGAAGUCAUUGUUCUUAGUGAUUCAGAUGACGAUAAUGAUAUACUAAUUUCCCCUGGAUCUGUCUACAAGAGUAAUCAAAAUGAUGGCGAUGCUACUUUUUCUGUGCCCUCUCCUGGAAUUGCAGAUCCUUUUCCAGAAGAUCCUACACUUGUGACUGGUGCAAACUCGUGCUUGGGUCUUUUCAAUGCUAAUGACGAAUAUGGGAUGCCCCUCUGGUCACUGCCUUCAGGAAACCAAGCAGGCCCAGGAUUCCAAUUAUUUAAUUCAGAUGUCUCUGAUGCCUUGGUUGAUUUGCCACAUGGUUCUGUUAACUGCCCCUUGUCAAUGAAUGGCUACACAUUAGCUCCGGAAACUGUCAUGGGAUCUACAUGUUUAAUCCCGGACUCUUCUCUUGGUCGAUCAGAGAUGGAUGUGAAUGAUGGCUUGCUUGAUAAUCCCUUGGCUUUUGGUGGAGAAGAUCCCAGUCUUCAAAUCUUCCUUCCAACCGGGCCUUCAGAUGCAUCAAUGCACUCUGAUAUGAGGGAUCAAGUUGAUGUGUCAAAUGGUGUCCGUUCUGAAGAUUGGAUCUCUCUUAGGCUUGGUGGUAGUGCUACUAGCAAUCAUGGCGAUUUGGUUCCUCCGACUAAUGGACUGAAUUCAAGACAGCAGAUGCCAUCUUCUCUGGAUUCUUUGCCUGGCACUGCUUCUUCGCUUGGUAUAAAUGAUGGCAGAUCAGAAAAGGCAAGUCGACAAAGAUCAGAAAGCACCUUCUCAUUUCCUCGCCAAAAACGUUCUGUAAGACCACGACCGUAUCUUUCUAUUGACUCGGACUCUGAAUGAAGGGAGGUGAAUCCUUUUUUGCCGAGAUAAUUGCUGCUUUUAUUUGAAAAUUUUUUAGGACAGGAGACCUUUUCUGGGGUGAAAUGGUGAUUUUCAAGUUGAAGACCUGUAUGUAGAAUCUGAAGAGAAUUGACUGCCGGCAUAAAAAUGAAGUCUCACAUACGGUGGGGGCUGGCGUGGGGGUGAAGAUGUUCUGCAAUUGACGAGCUGUGGGCUCCUGUGUCUUGUCAAUUUGGUGCAGCGCACCAUGGUCUCUGAUGUUUGAUUAAUUUUGCAGAAGCUCCUCGCCAAUUUUCAAAAGGCUUUAUUCAAGGUGCUAGUAAAUUGUACAGUAAUCAAUUGAAUCUUCAAGUCCAAUUAAAUCUGUUGGUUCAAACCCUUGGAUGUUCGGGGUUUCCCAUUUAGUAAAAUCUUUUUUGGUCCAUGUUUAAUGAUGAGAGCCAAAUAACCUGUAAAUAUCGCACAGAUUCAGUUAUUUAUAGAAAUAAUACAAAAUUAAAUCUGGUGAA